UGCUUAGAUUGCUCCCACCUGUGCGUACUCUAAAACAAUUCCAAUUCCGUGCCGCAAGAUCCCUAAUGACCGAUAACCACGCACACAUUGUGGAGAACAUUCGCACUGUUCGCAAGAACAUGGACGCAGUUUUGCAAGGACGACAAAAUGCUACCCUUGUCGCUGUCAGUAAAUACAAGCCUGCUGACGAUAUCAAGGCAGCUUACGAAGGAGCCGACCAGAAACAUUUUGGCGAGAAUUAUGUUCAAGAACUAGUAGAGAAGAGUGAAAUAUUACCCCGCGAUAUUGCAUGGCACUUUAUCGGCAACCUGCAAAGCAACAAAUGUAAAGUCGUCGCCGCCAUUCCCAACCUUUAUGCUGUGGAGACUAUCGAAAGCAGCAAGAAAGCCGAUAGUCUUAACAAGGCUUGCAUUCAGGUGUCAAGAGAAUCCAAAAUCAAUGUGUUUGUUCAAAUCAAUACCAGUGGCGAGGAGAGUAAGAGUGGAGCAGAACCAUCAGCAUGUGUGGAAAUCGCCAAGCACAUUGUUGAUAACUGCCCGCAACUGAACUUGCUAGGAUUGAUGACCAUCGGUGCGCCAGAUAGAGACGGCUCUGAAGGCGAGAAUCCAGAUUUCGUCUGUUUGCGAGAAUGUAAGAGCAAGGUAGAACAGGCUAUUCCUGGAUUGUCACUAGAACUCAGCAUGGGUAUGUCUGCUGAUUACCAAGAAGCUCUUGCUGCUGGGUCUACUAAUAUUCGAGUUGGUAGCACCAUCUUUGGAUCUCGUCCUCCUAAGCAGUAAAAAAUAAAAGCAUAUUACAGUAUAAUAUUCAUUCUACUCAACUCAACUGUUCAAUUUUUGAAACACCACAUAAAGGCUCAUAGAAAUAGGAUUACUUUGAUUUGCCAGUCCUAGCUUUGCGAUAGCACAGCUAAUCCUGACAUGCAUAGGCUGCUUCAUGACUAGCAUUUGCUACACUAUAGCAUUCUCUCUCAUAUACGCAGAGCUUAGUCCAG